UCUCUCCUUCCCCUCUCUUUUUUCUUCUCUCCCCUCCCAUCUUUUCUCUCUCUCCCCUUCUUCCCUAUAUUUUCCCAUCUUCACCCCCUCUCUGUCUCUCUCCUGUUUCUUUCCUCUCUACCUUUCCAUGGGAGACGUCUCUCCUCUCUUUUUUCCUCUCUGUCUGUCUGUCUCUGGGUCUCCCUGUGUCUCCACCCCCUUCCUAACCUUCUUGUCUCCCUAACAUCUCUGCUCUUACGCUAGGGAGUCUGCGAUAGGGCCAGCCUGAGCUGACAACUCAGUCAUCUGGGGUCACAGUGUUUCCUCACUGGGGGGGUGACUUGGUCAUGUAUACUCUGUUUCCUCAUUUCUACAGCUUCCAGCCUGAGUCGGAGCCUGGGCUGGGGCUGCUGGCAGACUGAGAAGAAACCAGGGACCUGAGUCUGCUCCUGGUCUGAGCCCAUUGCCCAGGCCCAGAAAAUACUUGGUGGCCAGCUGCCCAUUUGCCUUUCACAGCGAUGGAUGAAGAUAACUUCCGGAUAGACUCUGAAUUCAGAUACACUCUCUUCCCCAUCGUUUAUAGUAUCAUCUUUGUGCUGGGCUUCGUCUCCAAUGCUUAUGUGCUGUGGGUGUUUAUCAGCCUUGACCCUUCCAAGAAACUCAAUGAGAUCAAAAUCUUCAUGGUCAAUCUGACAGUGGCUGACCUGCUCUUCUUGUUUGCUUUGCCCUUGUGGAUUGUCUAUUAUUUUAACAAAGGCAACUGGCUCCUCCCCAAAUUCCUCUGCAAUGUGGCAGGCUGUCUCUUCUUCAUCAACACUUACUGUUCUGUGUGUUUCCUCGGGGUCAUCACUUAUAACCGUUUCCAGGCUGUGACAGACCCCAUCAAAGCAGCCCAAUCGACCACACGCCGUCGGGGCAUCCUCCUGUCCACCAUCAUCUGGGUGGUGAUUGUGGGGUGUGCUUCCUAUUUCCUCAUCUCCGAUGCAACCAAUUCUGUUCCCUCCAAGAUGACUGGAGAAAAUGUAACCCGCUGCUUUGAACAUUACGAGAAGGGAAGUAUCCCUGUCCUCCUGAUCCACGUCUUCAUUGUGCUCUGCUUUUUCAUUGUUUUCCUUGUGAUCCUGGUCUGCAACGUGAUUAUCAUCCGGACCUUGUUGGCUCAGCCCCUCCAGCCCCAGAGCAAUGCUGAUGUCAAGCAGAAAGCCCUCUGGAUGGUUUGCACAGUGAUGGCGGUCUUCUUCAUCUGCUUUGUGCCCCAUCACGUUGUCCAGUUGCCCUGGACUCUGGCAGAGCUGCAAAUAGGUUUUCGGGACAAUGACCAGGUCCAUCAGCUCAUCAAUGAUGCCCAUCAGGUGACCCUCUGCCUCAUGAGCAUCAACUGUGUCUUGGACCCCAUCAUCUACUGCUUCCUCACCAAGAAGUUCCGAAAACAUCUGAAAGAGAGGUUACAAAGCAUGAAAGGGAGCCGCAAGUGCUCCCGGGUCACCUCGGACACAGGUGUAGAAGCGGUCGUUCCCCUCAACAACUUCCCUGUCAACUCUAAGAACAAUUAGGCUGUAGCUCCUCUGCCCGAGUCCGGAGCCAUUGCUCUGUAGGGAUCCUGCUGGGGUCCAGACAGGAAAGAGAAGGCACUCCAUCUGAGUCUGGACAGUACCCUCUGCCUUGUUUCUCUGGACACUACAGCUGUAGAUAGAGUGGAGGUGAGACAGCUUCUCCUAACCAGGCUGGGAACAUCUCAACGAUGCCCGAAUAGGCCCUUCCCUCUUCCCUGAGAAAAACUCACCUGCUUUUAGGAAAUAAUACUCUCCCCAGCUUCUAAGCUCAUGUUAGAGAGUCUGUACGCACUAGUGUGAUGACUCCCCAUUUAUUGGUUUGCAAAUCCCUUAGGGGUUCAGCAUGGUGGUGUUAACAUUUUUUUAAUGAUGCCAUAAGCAGUAAAUAAUUGCAGGAUAUUUUCAUCAGUAUGUUAAAUUACUGUAGGGGUUCACAACAUAUUUUGUUGUUGUUGUCAAAAGGGGUUCAUGGAGAGAAAGAUGUUGGGAACCACUGCUCAAGAGAAAAUAACAUAGGAUUUGGUGUGUCUCAGCACCAGAGUUCAUAUCCUAGGCUCUUCUAUUUGUGAUCUUUGUAAUUUUGGACAAAUCAGUUAUCCUCUCUGGACCUUAAUUUCCUUCUUUGGAAAAAUUAAGAUGUUAGACUAGGUGCCUUCUGAGGCUACUAAAUUUGUAUUUCUAUGCCUCCCAUUCUGUGAAAGUCAAGGCCAGAUCCAGAACCUCAGUCAUCUGAUUCUUCCCCCAUUCAAAAUUACUGGAUUAAUCCCUGUAAGUCUUCAACAUCUCACCCUAGGAGCCAGUAUCCCAAUGAAAGCAUCCCAUAGUCCUCAGGGUAAUAGCUCUGAUAAAAGAUGGUUCUAUGAAUGGCUAAGUCUGACUGGAGACAGCUAGGACAGUGGAUGGAGUGCUGGCCCUAGGGCUAUCUUCCUGAAUUCAAAUCUUUCCUCAGAUCCUUACUAACUGUGUGACUCUGGGCAAAUCACUUAAUCUUCUUUGCCUCAGUUUCCUCAUCUGUAAAGUGAGGUGGAAAAGGAAAUGGCAAACCACUCCAAUAUCUUUGCCAAGGAAAAACCAAAUGGGGUGAUGAAGAGUUGGGCAUGACCAAAAAUGACUGAACAGUAACAGCAAUAAAACUUGAACUGGUAAGUGGAACCCACAAGGACAAAAGGAGGGAUUGGGAAUCACUCUUUGUGGAAAUUUUCUCCUGGAUGAUGGAGAAGAUAAUGAAUUUACUGUUUUCUGGUGCCCUCAGUGGAGGCCUGAGCCACAUUUUUUAUGAGGAGAAACCAGGGUCUGCCACUCAACCUCCUCUGCUAACAAACUCUGAUAAGUAAAAGAAUUGGAUUACAUGAGUUCGAUGAUCAUAAAAUCAUGGAUUUAGAGAGUUUUGUGAGCCUAUAAACCUAUUGUACCUAGUACAGUGUCCUGAAUGUAGAAGAAGCCCAAUCAGUAUUUGUUGAGAAUUUAUGCAAUACAGUGGAUAUAAUGGAAUAAUGGACUUUUAAUUCAAUUUCAUCUAUGUUCCAGUCUCAUCUCUACUUUUUCUUGUGUGACUUUGGGUAAAUUAUCUUUGUUACUUCUUCUGUAAAUAUAAAUGAAGAUAAUAAUAUAAGACCUACCCUGGCUAUCUCACAGGGUAAUUAUUUUUUUUUUUUGAAGAUGAGAAUGAAUCUAGACAAUGUUUUUGAAAGCACUUUGUAAACUGUAAAGACCAAUAGAAACGCACUUCAAUGCUUCUGGACUUGGAAAGGUCUGUGAUUUUGUCUGCUUAGGUACUCCCUUCACUAAGGCAGAUUGUAAUCCCUUCCUUGUUUGUACGGUUAGCUUCAUGAGGGGUUGUAGCUUCAGAAAUUUCACAUCCGGUGACUAACAAUCUGGAAAGGAACCUUUCCAACCUUAGCCAGGCUAGUUCUGAUUCAACAGAGGCAUAAUCAGACCAUGCAGAGUCUACAUUCAAAGCCUUUCCAGUUUGGUAUGACCAGCCAUAACUUGGGAAAAGUUCAUCUGUAUACCCCACAAGGAUUUAUCAGAGGAUAGUAGAAAUGUAAAGCAUCAAAGGAGUCCAUCAGCCCCUACACAUAGACCUAAAGUGAGUGAUAUUGACUACUUCCCAAAUACAGAGGUAUCAAGGACCCUUUUCAGAGUCCUUGUUUCAAAAGUAUGGCAGAAAGGGUACAGAUAUGGCAGCUGGAGACAAGGAGAUCCAUCCUUCUUUUCUCUGGGAUGGAUUGUCCAAAAGCCCUUCAGAAGGCUACACAGAAAAGUCUCAUUCAGAACAGAUGUAUAGCCACAGCCUUAGCUAAGCCUUGAACAAUGCAUGUGUGUAUGUGUAUCUAUGUAUUAUACUUCCAUGUUAAGAGAGAACUUCUGAAGCCAUUUCUCCAAACCUGGCUUCCUACCUACCUCAUUGCCUGGGGCCAUGACCAGACAUUGAACACUGUGGUUUUGGGGGUGGGAAGGUAGUUGAAUUCAUCCCUAUGGAGAUAAUAACCAAAUGAGAUUUCCCUAGAUGAAUGUAGGGGAAAGAGCUCUGGGUUUAGAGUCAGAGGAAUUGCUUCCUUGGUCUAGAGAUAGAUUUAGACCUUAGGAGAAGACAUAGAUGCCCUUUGAGAGGAAAUGACUUGCCUAGAGUCACAUAGAUACUAAAUGACAGAGCUGGGAUUCUAACACAAGUAUUUUUAUUCUAAAACUAGUGCUCACAGGGGCAGUUUAGUUGACUCUGUGAAUUGACAACAGUUGAAUAAAUAGUGAUUUUCCAGCCCUACCACUCAGAGCGUCAUAUUAUUUGGUUUAGACUAGAUAGUUAUUAAGUCUUAAAUUCUAUGCUUUUUCUGCUUUGCAAACUGGCUUUGGGCUGGAAUGUGCUGGUAAAUGUUUAACAACCAGAUUUUUGAAAGAAAAAUGUAUGCACAAAACACUUGUAAGGGUAAUAUGCAUUAUUAACAUUUUCUCUACCACUUUCUUAAGUCCAAACAAUCAACAAAACAAUAAAUAAAACUCUUAUUUGUAG